CUCGCAUACGGACAUGGGCGGAUGACGCUGCUUAUAAUAUCACUGCCCUCGUUCGUUUGCCUCCUUCCAAAGUCCUGAGACCUGACGAGAGCUAGCUGAUUAGCCAUUGGUGGCCCGUGAAGGCUGCAAGCAGGUCGAUCACCAAAGAGCUUCAAUUCGACCGCCGACACUAGCCGUGUGCGGUACUGGCCGGGUCUAGAAGACCGUGCAUGGCUGCGUCGUUGUCCUCUGCUGCGAAGGGCGCUCUUCUUCCGUGGGCCCGCGGCGGCCAUGGCGGCCUCGCGAGGGUCCUGCUGGGCGGGGCGUUGCUAACGGCCGGAGGAGGAGGAGGCAGCUGCCCGCGCCGGUGGCAGUCGUCGCUGCCGCAGCUGGACCACACCGACAGGUCCGACGAGGAGAGCUGCGGCGAGAUCGACUGGGACAACCUCGGCUUCGGCCUCACCCCGACGGACUACAUGUACGUCAUGCGGUCCUCGCCGGAGGACCUCGGCGGCUUCCCCCGCGGCGAGCUCUGCCGCUACGGCAACAUCGAGCUCAGCCCCUCCUCCGGCGUCCUCAACUACGCCCAGGGCCUGUUCGAGGGGAUGAAGGCGUACCGGCGGCCAGGCCGCGCCGGGUACACGCUGUUCCGGCCGGAGGAGAACGCGCGGCGGAUGCAGCACGGAGCCGAGCGCAUGUGCAUGCCGGCGCCGUCCGUGGACCAGUUCGUCCGCGCCGUCAAGGAGACCGUCCUCGCCAACAGGCGCUGGGUGCCGCCGCAGGGAAAGGGGGCCCUGUACCUCCGGCCCCUGCUCAUGGGGAGCGGCCCGAUCCUCGGGCUGGCUCCGGCCCCCGAGUACACGUUCCUCAUCUAUGCCGCGCCCGUCGGAAACUACUUCAAGGAGGGCCUGGCGCCGAUCAACCUGGUCGUGGACGAUGAGUUCCACCGCGCGAUGCCGGGCGGCACCGGCGGCGUCAAGACCAUCGCCAACUACGCGCCGGUGCUCAGGGCGCAGCUGGACGCCAAGAGCAAGGGCUUCACGGACGUGCUGUACCUCGACUCGGUGCACAAGCGCUACCUGGAGGAGGUCUCUUCGUGCAACGUGUUCGUCGUCAAGGGCGGCGUCGUCGCCACGCCGGCCACCAUGGGCACCAUCCUGCCGGGGAUCACGCGCAAGAGCGUCAUCGAGCUAGCCCGGGACCGCGGCUACAAGGUUGAGGAGCGCCUCGUCUCCAUCGACGACCUGAUCGACGCCGACGAGGUGUUCUGCACCGGGACGGCGGUGGUGGUGGCGCCGGUGUCGACGGUUACGUACAAGGGGCAGAGGCACGCAUUCAGAACCGGCUCGGACACGUUGGCGCAGGAGCUGUACACGACUCUGACGUCCAUCCAGAUGGGCCUGACCGAGGACAACAAGGGAUGGACGGUGGCUGUAGAUUAAGGUGACAGCAUGGGUUGGGGGCCAUGGGAGCGCCUCGAUAUUCAUAUAUUUCUUAUACUAUUAGAUUGGCCAUUGUGAGCAGUCAUUGGUAUUGCCAUCAGGUAGAAAAAGCACGCAUGCCAUUGAUCAGCAUGUAGCAUCCCGGCAAUUUGGAAAAUAAACCGUGUCUGUUGAUGGCGAUCAAUGAGGCGAUUGAGCAGUCAUUGUUUU